CAACUUUUCAGUCUCAACGCAAACUCGACGAAUAACAGUAACCGGAUCGAAGUGUACGCGCAAGUAUCUCGACGCGUCGGCGGCAAAUGUUAAAUAACUAAUAAUAUACAAAACAACAACAACAACACAAAAAAAAUAGUAAAAUAGCAAGAAAGAAACUUUGUUCUAAGUAAAUGCAGUAGCGCUUAAGCGAAAAGCAAACGUUAAUUGAGCUGAAAAUCUUUCGAAUGCCUUGAAAGUGAAUUUCUAAUUGUAAUUCUAAGCAAAUGUUUUUCAUAACAUAAUGUCGACUCGAACCACGACGGCACACGCCUGUCCAACAACGACCACGCCCACUUCACCUCCCAAUACUCACACAUCCUUAGCAGCAACAAGAAACACGCUUGCAAUGCCUAGCUUAAAUACGUUUACAAAUAAUUCUGAUAAGCGCACACACUACAACAACAACAACAACGAUACCAGCAACAACAAACAAUCGAACCUUCUCCUCCUCAAUACAAUGUACGCGCAUGCGGAAAGUAUUAGUUGGCGAUUGCGUCAAUAUUGUAUAGAAGCCGUAACGGCGAGCAGCCGACGACGAAGAAGAAGGCGUGAUGAUAACAACAACAACAACAACAACAACAACAACAGUAGCAGUAGCAGUAGUAGCAACAACAAUAACUACAGCAAUUAUACAAUGAACUGCAGUAGCAGUGAUUGUUAUGAAAGCAACAAUAAUAACAACAGCAACAAUAACAAUAAUAAUAAUCUUAGUAAUAAUAACAACAACACAUCUUCGGAUGCUUUGCUACUAGAUGCUGCUUAUUUUGACUAUAACAACAACACAAACAGCAACAGCUCUUUCAGCAGGAGCAUUAAUUUGAGUAAAACAACAACAACAACAACAACAACAACAACAGAUUCACCUGCAACAAAUGUGUACAAUGUAAUUGCGGAAACCUUAAGUACUUGCUGCUCAUCCACAGCGGCCACUUACAUCGCUGCUCUACUUAUCCUCACCACUUUAUGUUCCUGUUGCGCCGCCUCACCCUGCGAUCUGCAAAGCUGGUGGGAUCCACUCAAGGAUAAAUGUAUUCCCUGCACUGUGUGCGAGGGUGAUUUAAUACCACUGCGUCCGUGUCAAUUGCAUCGUGACACGAUAUGCGGCUCUAUCUAUGAUCUGAAGAUCGAUUGGGUAGUGCUGGCGAAAACGGAGCCCAACUGGAAAGAGCGCCGAAAGGACGACGACAACAACGUCGAUUUCGAUCAACAACUAACACAUGAGGAAUUACAGCAAUUACAAGAUGGAACACUGCCAAUGGAUUGGCAAACAACAGCGCUCUUCAUAGCUGUCUUGGCUUGCUUGUUCUUCUUCAUUAUAGCCGCUGGAAUUUUAGUGCAUCACAUGCGUCAGUGGCGGCGUAUGGAGCGACGACUCGAUCAAGAUGUUGAGGAGUUAUCAACAAAAUUAAUGGCAAAAUUAGCCGAAGUACAGAGUAUGGAUGGCGGCACAUUCUUCAUUGGUAAUGCCGAUGCAUUGGGUGUUUCAACGAACUUCCAGCCACAGCAUGUGCUAUUACCAGAAAAAUCGACAAAACAUCAUGAAAGGCGCAUCUUAAAAACAUUACAACCCGGUAAUGUUUAUAUUGAGGAAAAUGGUUCAAAGGGCUGACAAAUGAAAUCACAAAAAAUAA